GCGUGUCGUCAUUACGCACGGACUGGAUUUAUUCGCAGACUCUGUGGUAGUCUCUGUGUAAGCUGUUAUCACUCAUGCCAAAGCUCAAACCGAUAUGUUUCCCUGAAGGAUACAGCAAAAGUCGAGAGUUAAUGGAUUCAUCUUGAGACGCGCGAAGUUUUCCACGUUGCGCCUCUUUCCGAACACUUUGGUGACCAUGUCCUUCCCGGCCAAAGUGAUGCGAGACGGGCUGCUGGAGAAGCGCAGCAGCGGGCUGCUCCAGCUGUGGAAGAAGAAGCGCUGCGUCCUCACCGAGGAAGGCCUGCGUUUGCAUAACUGCAAAGGCAGAGGUGAUGCUCCGGGUUCGGCGUGGAGCUCCAAAGCCAAGGAGCUGCUCUUUGAGAGGAUGGCCACGGUGGACUGCGUGGAGUACAAGCGAGGGCUGGUGUACUUCACCGUGGUCAUGGCUACGGGCAAGGAAAUCGACUUUCGGUGUCCGCAGGACGGCACGGCGUGGAACGCGGAGAUCGCGUUGGCGCUGGUGCGCUACAAGAACCUGCAGGCCGUGAAGAGCGGCAGGAAGAGGCACCUGUCCACUGCGCACCUGGGCAGCACCGGGGAGGAUGAGGAGCUCUGACUCGAUGAAGACUUUCUUAUUCUUGGGAGCCAACCAAUUAGAGGGGAGAAAGGUCCACAGCCUUCAUUCUACGGUGCACAGCAUCGGCAGAUAUGGAUCAAAAGACUGAGAAAGUGUCUCAAAUGCUCUUAUUUCUUCUGUCAUGAACUUAUCCAUGCUUUCAUACAACAUAUAUAAAUCUGAUAUACUGGAACAAUGGAUAAAGUUGUUUUUUUCUGUCGUGACCUCAUUGCUCAAGGUCAAUAUGGAGACUCCUAUGCAAUGCUUUUUGGACAGAAACUUUGGAGCUGGGACACCUUUGUGCCUUAAUGAAAUUUCUUCAUAUUUCUUUAUUAAAUAUUUUCCAGUGUUCUUUGAUGCUGCUGAAACAGGAGUCACUUUUGAUGGCAUUGUAUGACUUGCUUUGAAUACAUUUGUCACAGACUGAACAGAUCUGCAUGGUUUAACAUGAAGAAUAAGUGCUUAGUUUCAUUGUAUUCUAUAUAUUUGUUGAAACCGUGUACAGUAUUACAGUUGUAAAAAAGAAGAAUAAAUUUUUUGUAAUCCUUGUGUUUUA